GUAAUGUUAGAGACGGGGAUGGAAAGGAAGAGAGAGAGACAGGCAGAGAGAGAGAGAGAGAGAAAAGGACAGUCGUGGCUCAGAGGGGGUUACAUACACAUCACUCGGGUGAGGGAAGCAGAGUAGGAGAAAAAGCGAGGAGGGGGAAAGAAGGACAAAAGAAGGAAAGAAGGGGACACUGCACUGUUUGUUUUCGUUUUUAUUGCUUUGUAUCAGAGAAGGAAAAGUCUGCCUUUCUCUUUAAAUGAACGGAUAAAUCAUCGCAAACGGCUUCCAUCUUUAUUUUAAGGAAAACAGUGGGCCACGAGUUAGACGCUGGGGUUUGAAGUGAUUUGAGCGGCUGUGAUUUACUUUCUAAAGCAAAGGGCGACACGCGGUUUGUAGCCAUAUAAGUGCUUAUAGCGACUUGAUAGACUGUGACAAAACCAAGAGAAACAAACAAAAAAGCUUUAUAUGACUUUAGAAAUAUUACUAAGCUGCUAAUAUUACUUAGCUGCCAAAUGCGAUUGAGUUCUGCGAGAAGGAAAAAAUAACAGCUCAGUUAGUGGCCUUUUAAAUCACAGUGAUCAACAAAAACGGGGAAGGAAACCUGUUCCACAGUUUCAGCCAGUUAUUGGCAGAAUAUUUGCGGACUAUGGCGGCGGUAACAAGUCCAGAAGCGAGCCAACAAGCUCGCGUGUACUUCCAGACGCCCCCCGGUUCAACCGAUGAAGCCGAGACCCCCGUCCGCAAGCAAGGACGGGUCACAGUGAAAUACGACCGGAAAGAACUGUCAAAGAGACUUAAUUUGGAAGAGUGGAUUAUUGAUCAGCUAACGGAUCUCUACGACUGUGAGGAGGAGGCGAUUCCAGAGCUGGAGAUUGAUGUGGAUGAGCUGUUGGACAUGGAGGAUGAUGUAGACCGUGCCGCAAGAGUCAAGGAACUGCUGGUAGACUGUUAUAAACCUACUGAAGAGUUUGUAGCUGAAUUGCUGGACAGGAUCCGUGGCAUGCAGAAGCUCAGUACUCCUCAGAAGAAAUGAAGCUUCUCCCACCUCCACCCUUCUUCAAUCAAUCUCAUCCUUCCUUUUCAAAUUUUACGGGUGUGACUGUUCACCCCGAGCUGGUGCUCAUCUAGUCCCAUUGCCUCUUCUGCAUCCAUUGGGGAGGAGGUGGAGGCAAAAUUAUGGGAGAUUUAAUCAGAUCCUUCAGGGCUUAUUUUCUCAUUAUGUUGAUUUUAUUUGCAUUAUUUUAUUCUAUUUCACUUUUUUGUGAAGGGGGAAAGAUUUCAUUGUUUUUGAAUGUAUUUCAUGUUGGUAUACAUUACGGUGCAUACUAUUCUUUAGAUUCUAAUUUGGGAAUUUAGUUUUAGUUUGGUUUCAAAGCUCUCAAUGAACACAUGGACUAAAACCCUUUGUGAAACCGUGACAAUACUUGGUUUAAAAUUGUGGAUUUAUUUUUUUAUUUUAAUUACAUUUUUUAUUUUAUUUUAUUUACUUUUUUGAGUCUCCUAUUCCUUGAAUAAGUGUGCAGGAACAAUCAUGGAGAUAAAAAAGAAAAAAUUGUUUAAAGCUAUUUUAUUUGUGGUAUUAACGAAAGGGAGCUGUGUGUAGAAAAAAAAAAAAUAAUAAUAAUAAUUGUAAGACAGAGGAAAAUCAAAGAAUCAAAUCCCACACACACACUCACUGACUCACUCUCUGAAAUUCAUGGGCAUCACCACCCUCAAGCAACAGGAGAAAUUACCACACACACAACCGCAGCUGUGACUUUUGGGCCUCACACAUCCACAGAUGUGCACACGGUCUCUCCCAGAGACUGAUAGAGACAGACUGGAUCUAGACAAGACGCAGUGUGUCACGGUCACUGGCAAAUGUACAUUCAAAAUGAAUCCUCUCACAUGAAUCUCCUAAAUCAUCUUUCCCAGCAAGCCAUCUGCUCUUUUUGUCUCAGUCAAUGAAAUACUAUAAUAAGAGGGCUAAUAAUUUCACUCCGUGUUCUUGAAAUUCACCAAUCCAACAUUUCCAGUAGGUGUUUUAGAAGAGCCUUUCCCAUAACAUGCAAACACAUCACUAGCAUCUGCAGAUAUGAAUAAUUCAUUGAUGCUCCUCCUCAUCCUGUCUGAGUUCACUUAUGAAUUACAUGAAGUAAGGUAAAAUGACAACUGUCCUGGACUCGCAACAAAUGUUUUCUCUUUCUCUGCUCACUCUUUUUUUUCUUUGCCCCGCACACACACAUUUAAAUUUUAUGUCUUUAUUGCACAUACUGCUUUGCAUUUCAUUUAACAUGAGAGACACUCUCCCUGCUUUCAGAUGUUGCCUUAGAUUACAUUUAUGUUAUGACAGACAAAUGGAUUUAAUGUUUGAGGAACAUGCAAGAAAAAAAAAUCUGCAAAAGUGGAAAUCUCUUUUAGAAUUAAAUAAAAUAAUUUUAUACUUUCAA